AGCUAUUUUGCCUACUUCUCCCAGUGUCAUUCGCCGCGAAGUUGGACUUUUCUCAUUCAGCGUUAUUCUUCCUUUUUCACAAUGAAGUUCUAUUUUUGCGUUAUAUUUUUGACCUCUCACUUGUACUUGGUUAACUGUGGAGUCCUAUCCAAAAGAAAUAUAGCCAAAAAGUCAGCCAUCGCGCUGAAGACCGAACCAGCUGAAGCGCGCAAUGGACGAUGGACCCAGCUCAACCAUUUCCAUCCAGUGUGCUUCGAAGGUCAAGGUAACCGAUUCGGACAUCUAAUCCAUGUUGGAAAAAAAGGGCUGAUUGGUGCUAUCAAGCUAGUCUACCGCACGGGAUCUAUAAGGUGCGUUGCAAACCCGGCGUAUGACAGUCGAUGGGGUUGUUACCACUACUCAACCUUCAUGAAAUAUCCCUUGAAUGUCAUCAUCACCGACAAUCACAACAACAUCCUCUACCCUCAACCCCAGUACAUCAAACACACGGCUGGCUUAUGGUACUACUUGCCUAUGGUGGACGAUAAACACAGCAAUGAGCUGGUAUUCACGGACUUCAGUCAGCCAUUUUAUAUCCAGGGACAUCAGCAGCUAAGAAUCUGGUACGGUGAGGACCUCAAAAACUGGUCCGAGACCGACAACCAGGGCAGAGUAUGUGUCAAUGUUUUUGCUCGGUUUCUUUAAACCUCUUGUUUAUCCAAUCUUUAACUAUCGAUACGUCUAUCAACUCUAUAGAAAGAAAAAAAGUUUAAAUCUCGUUCCCAGGAUCUUUUUCUUUCAAAAAAUUGGAAAAGACCCUGGGAACGAGUUGGGAGUGCAGGCCUCGUUUUCAAACUGGACGUGAGAGGAGCCAAAAGAUCUGAUUUCAGAAGUAUAAUUCAACGCUUCCGAUCGAGCAUAGAGCAUGUGUAUGUAUUUCAUAACCACCAUCUUGGUUGACAAUAACAAAGCUUUCCUCAUUAGCUUCGUUUGUUAGAUCAACCGUGGCAGUUGUUUCAUUGUUAUUCAUAUCUCAAGGAAUUUUGAGUCACAAGGUUGCACACACUGUGAGAGUCCGUGGAAGAUCCUUACUCUUGUCUAUGUAAUGAUUUUUAAUCUUAGUAAUAAAAUAGUUACCAAAACCAUCUACCA